AUGUCUGUAAAAUCUUCUGAAGUUCAAUUACUUGCUUCUUCUAUGCCUUCUCUCAAGACUACUAAAGCAAAUAGGUUUAGACAUGUCAUUGGUAUUUGCGCCAUGGACAACAAGGCGCGUUCAAAACCUAUGAUGAACAUACUAAACCGACUACACGCUUACGACGAAUUCGAAACUGUGAUAUUUGGUGACAAAGUUAUUUUAGAUGAAGAUGUCGAAAAUUGGCCUAUUUGCGAUAUCUUUAUAUCAUUCUUUUCCAUUGGGUUUCCCUUAAACAAAGCUAUCGAAUAUGUCAAAUUACGAAAGCCAUUCUGCGUGAACGAUUUACCUAUGCAGAAAAUUCUGUGGGACAGACGUUUAGUAAUGAAAAUAUUAGAUAUCCUUGGUGUGCAAACCCCAAAACGUUUAAUUGCUAGUAGAGAUGGAGGAUCAAAAAUAGAUUCAGAUGUAAUGUCUCAAGUGUUAAAAAAUGUUGACGCUACACUUGAUACACUUGAUCAAAUUCUAGUUCCUCCUGCUAAAGUUGAAAUGAUUGACAUUGAUACUAUUAGUGUUGACAAUCAAAUAUUACGAAAACCUUUUGUCGAAAAACCCAUAAGUGGUGAAGACCACAAUAUCCAUAUAUAUUAUUCUUCUGAAAUGGGCGGUGGUGGUCGCCGUUUAUUUCGAAAGGUGGCUAAUAAGUCCAGUGAAUUUGAUCCUUCGCUAUCUGAACCUCGCACUAACGGUUCUUACAUAUAUGAACAAUUUAUGGAUGCCGAUAAUGCAGAGGAUGUAAAGGUUUAUACAAUCGGGCCUACUUAUGCUCACGCUGAAACUAGAAAAUCACCUGUAGUGGAUGGUCUUGUAAAACGUAACACAAAUGGAAAAGAAGUUCGUUAUGUUACCACACUGACGCCAAAAGAAAAAAAGAUUGCAGCAGAUAUAUCUCGCGUUUUCGACCAAACAGUGUGUGGAUUUGAUUUGCUUAGAGUACAUGGACAAUCAUAUGUUAUAGAUGUAAAUGGUUGGUCUUUCGUAAAGGGCAAUGACGAUUAUUAUAAUAAUUGUGCACGCAUAUUACGAAAUAUGUUCUUGAAUGCUGUCCGUAAACGUAAACUCAGCUGUGACACAAUACCGAAAGAACUUCGAUUCGAAAUUUCAUGGCGUCUUAAAUCCUUUAUAUCAGUAUUUCGACAUGCUGAUCGUACGCCGAAACAAAAAAUUAAAUUCAAUUUUCGAAGUGAACCAUUUAUAGAGUUAUUAAAUGGUUCGGAUGAAGAAGUUAUAUUGAGAAAAGAAUAUGAAUUAAAAAGAGUAUCAGAUGCGGCAAAUAAAGCCAUACAAUUACAAUGUGAAGAUUUAACAAAAUUGGAACAACUUAAACUAGUAUUACAAAUGAAGGGAGAAUUACCUGGAACCAAAGUACAAAUAAAACCUACGUAUGACAAAUCUACGGGUGCAUUUACAAAACUUCAACUCAUUGUUAAAUGGGGUGGUGAGUUUACACAUUCAGCCCGAUAUCAAUCACGAGAGUUAGGUGAAAAUCUACGGAAAGAUUUAUUAAUUUUAAAUAGAAACGUCUUUAAUGAUGUUAAAAUAUACACGAGUUCAGAACGGCGAGUUAGUACAACUGAAAUGUUGGAUGAUAGUAAUGCAGCUAAAGAACAAAUGGACAUAGUAAAAAGUCAAUUACGUAACUUAUUGAAAUCUAGAGAUACAAAUAAAAUGGACAACAUAACAUGGUCAAAGGAUAAACCUGAAAUAUGCAUUAUUAUUCAACAAGUUAUAAAGAUUAUGAAAAAACUUCAAAAAAUAAUGAGAGAAAAUUUUGAAAAAAUGGAAUAUGAAAAUAUUCAAUCACGCUGGUGUUGUUCAGAAAAUCCCAUACUUUUUCGAGAACGUUGGGAAAAAUUAUUUAGAGAUUUUUGUAAUGUGGAUCUUUUAAAAUUUGAUUCAACACCACAAGAGUAUGGUAUUGAUAAUAAAGAAAAACUUCAAAUUGGAUUAUUAACUUCAAAUUUAUUGUUACAAGAUAUAAUAAAAAAUUUAGAAAUUACAUUUGAACUUUAUGAACGACAUCGUGGUUUAAAUGGAGAUAAAGAAUAUUCAUUGCGUAUAGCAUUUAGUCCAGGAGCACAUGAUCCAAAUAUUUUAGAUUUGCAACUUGACGCACGACAUUGUUUAAAUGUUGCACCAAGAAUGUAA